UUCCCUAUUGCCCUGCGAUCACAAUAUAGGCAGCUAAACAAGCCUGAACUGCUCCUUGUGAGACGAUGCAAAAGUGACAAAACCAGAAUAGUUACAAGGACUUAAAGAAAAAGCAAAAAAAUAAAUAAACCUACACAGUCAGACUGGAAAUUUUCCUGGGGACCAGUGAUUCAACUGUAUCUUGUAUAAAGUCGUUGGUUUUUCAAUGUGACAAUGGCUUUUUUCAUGAUCAAACCAGAUCAAUGCAAAGUGGCGUGCCUCUUACUACUGAUAUUGUUGAUAUGGCAUGGAGGAACAACAGCAUUUGCUCAGACAGUACCCAUGGUAACAAAUGUUACUGCAAGUAAUAUAUCAACCUCAUCUUUAACAUUAGAGUGGACAGUUCCUGAUGUGACACACAGCUACACAUAUCACAUUAUUGUGUUAAAUGGUAGCACAACUGUGAAUACCUACACAACAGAUAUUAAUGCUACACGUUAUCCAGUGGAUGGACUAUAUCCUGGAGUAACCUAUACUUUCAACAUUUCUACAAACUUUUCUGGUAAUUUAUCUGAUCCUGCAUCGAAAGAAUUCACCACAUAUCCCUCAGCAGUAAGUAAUGUGAACAUAACUGGCAGUACAACCACAACUUUGACCUUAACAUGGAUUGACCCCAAUGACAUAAACAGAGACACCUAUUCCUAUAAAAUUAAAGUGUCUAAUGGAAGCAAUUCCUGGGAUAUUAUCACAGACCGAAAUGUUACCAGUAAAGAAGUGCAAAACCUUUUACCUGGAGUAAACUACACAUUCACAAUUAAUACUCUGACCAUAAAUAAUAAAUCAAGCUCUGACUCUCCACCCGUCACUGGAACAACAAAUCCCUCGGCGUUAAGUAAAGUGAACAUAACCAACAGUACAACCACAACUUUGACCUUAACAUGGAUUGACCCCAAUGACAUAAACAGAGACACCUAUUCCUAUAAAAUUAAAGUGUCUAAUGGAAGCAAUUCUUGGGAUAUUAUCACAGACCAAAAUGUUACCAGUAAAGAAGUGCAAAACCUUUUACCUGGAGUAAACUACACAUUCGCAAUUAAUACUCUGACCAUAAAUAAGAAAUCAAGCUCUGACUCUCCACCCGUCACUGGAACAACAAAUCCCUCGGCGUUAAGUAAUGUGAACAUAACUGGCAGUACAACCACAACUUUGACCUUAACAUGGAUUGACCCCAAUGACAUAAACAGAGAAACCUAUUCCUAUAAAUUUAAAGUGUCGAAUGGAAGCAAUUCCUGGGAUAUUAUCCCAGACCAAAAUGUUACCAGUAAAGAAGUGCAAAACCUUUUACCUGGAGUAAACUACACAUUCACAAUUAAUACUCUGACCAUAAAUAAUAUACCAAGCUCUGACUCUCCACCCGUCACUGGAACAACAAAUCCCUCAGCAGUAAGUAAUGUGAACAUAACUGGCAGUACAACCACAACUUUGACCUUAACAUGGAUUGACCCCAAUGACAUAAACAGAGACACCUAUUCCUAUAAAAUUAAAUUGUCGAAUGGAAGCAAUUCUUGGGAUAUUAUCACAGACCAAAAUGUUACCAGUAAAGAAGUGCAAAACCUUUUACCUGGAGUAAACUACACAUUCACAAUUAAUACUCUGACCAUAAAUAAUAAACCAAGCUCUGACUCUCCACCCGUCACUGGAACAACAAAUCCCUCGGCGUUAAGUAAAGUGAACAUAACUGGCAGUACAACCACAACUUUGACCUUAACAUGGAUUGACCCCAAUGACAUAAACAGAGACACCUAUUCCUAUAAAAUUAAAGUGUCUAAUGGAAGCAAUUCCGGGGAUAUUAUCACAGACCAAAAUGUUACCAGUAAAGAAGUGCAAAACCUUUUACCUGGAGUAAACUACACAUUCACAAUUAAUACUCUGACCAUAAAUAAUAUACCAAGCUCUGACUCUCCACCCGUCACUGGAACAACAAAUCCCUCGGCGUUAAGUAAAGUGAACAUAACUGGCAGUACAACCACAACUUUGACCUUAACAUGGAUUGACCCCAAUGACAUAAACAGAGACACCUAUUCCUAUAAAAUUAAAGUGUCGAAUGGAAGCAAUUCCUGGGAUAUUAUCACAGACCAAAAUGUUACCAGUAAAGAAGUGCUAAACCUUUUACCUGGAGUAAACUACACAUUCACAAUUAAUACUCUGACCAUAAAUAAUAAAUCAAGCUCUGACUCUCCACCCGUCACUGGAACAACAAAUCCCAACCAGCCCACCAACCUCAAUGGAAGUGCAGUCAAUACUACAACAAUAAGCGUCAGCUGGAAUGCUCCAAGUGAUCCUAAUGUCAAGUUAUACAAAUACCAUGUCAUAUGUAGUUUGAUAAAUGGGACAAAUACCACAACAGAAGAGACUAACAGCACAAACACUUUGAUUUCAAGCUUGUCUAGCGGCUCUCUUUACAAUGUAUUUAUUUACUCCUUGAUCAAUCAUGUAGAAAGUGUGGCAAGUCAAAUACUGCUUCAGACAAAGCCAGAAAUUGCUAAUGACCUAAGUAUUAAGAAUAUCACAAGUACGAAUGUCAGUUUCUCCUGGAUCUGUCCUCCUCGUGCAACUGGUGUUCAGAUCAAAGCCACUACUGGUGGAAAAACCAAGAAUGAAGUAAAUCAAACUUGUAGUCCAGGGGUUAAUGAGUACAAACUGGAGAAUCUGAUACCCGGGAAUUUCUAUGAGUUUAGUUUGAGAACCUUCACAACCACUAAUGCUAGCUCAAGGAGACGGCGCAGAUCACCCACGGACAGCAUAACAACCUACAGUGAACCGUACAUCAAAACAGAACAGAUGGAGCCAGCUACUGCUUCAAACCUUGAAUGCUCUAAAAUUGCAGGAGGUUAUGGACUGAAAGUGUCUUUUAGUUGCCCUAAAGGCAAUGUAUCUAAAUUAAAUAUCAUGGUGGAUAAUUCUGAAAAAAAAACUAUAACCGAUUGUACAGGAAGUACAACUGUGGAUGGCCUGCAGCCUGCGUAUGGAUAUAACAUUGUAGUGCAGACAGUCGCAGAGCCCAAAAUAGCCUUCUCGGAUAGUAAGAUAUGCAGAACUGAUGAUGUGGGUGUUAUCGUAGGAGCCAUAGUUGGUGUUUUGUUAUUUCUACUUCUCGUGGGACUCAUAGCUUUCUUUAUCUUGAAAAAGAGGAGAUCGAAAGACCCAAAUAUACUCAUGCCGGUUAAGUUAAGCCAGAAAAGGUCUCACACCAUAACCAAAGAACAAUUUCAAGAUUAUUAUCAGAAAAAUCAUGCAGAUAGUGACUUUGGAUUUGCAGAAGAGUAUCAGGAGCUAAGUGCCGUUGGUACAAAACAAUCAAAAAGAGCGGCAGAAAAUCCAGAAAACCGAGCAAAGAAUCGUUUCACUAAUGUGUUGCCAUAUGACCAUUCCCGGGUCAAACUGGACUGCAUUGAUGGAAAUCCAAAUUCUGAUUACAUUAAUGCCAACUAUAUGCCUGGCUAUACCUCUAAUAAAGAAUUCAUAGCCAGCCAAGGUCCUUUACCUAACACCACAGCAGAUUUCUGGAGAAUGAUUUGGGAGCAUCAUGUCAAUACUAUUGUAAUGCUGACGAACUGCAUGGAGAAUGGUCGAGUAAAAUGCGAGCAUUACUGGCCCCUGGAUUAUACUCCCUGCACUUACGAAGACAUUACCGUGACCGUCACCUCAGAAACAAUUUUAACUGAAUGGACGAUACGGGACUUUUCACUGAAAAACGCUCGUCAACAAGGUGUAAAAUAUGUGCGUCACUUUCAUUUUACUGUUUGGCCUGACCACGGUGUCCCAGAAAAUACCACUAACAUCAUCCAGUUUCGCAAUCUAGUUCGAGAGCACAUGGACCAAAGAAAGAGCACUGGCCCCACCAUUGUCCACUGCAGCGCUGGUGUGGGGAGAACUGGAACACUUAUUGCUCUGGAUUACCUAAUCCAGCAGAUGGAGAAAGAGCAUCGAAUUGGGGUUUACGGUUUUGUUGAGAAGAUGAGAAUGAAUAGGCCCUUAAUGGUACAAACAGAGUCACAGUACGUGUUCCUGAAUAAGUGUUUGUUGAGUUUGAUUGAACAACCAGCCGAAGAGAACAUCUACGAGAAUAACGUAAACGACCUCAUCUAUGAAAAUGCCAGCGUAAUACGGAAUUUCAACAACGAGAAUGCCUAACCUUCAUCGUUAGGAACAGACUAUGUACUGUCCGAGCACUUACCACAUGCCUUCAGCUGGCCAGUUAUUGCUCAAAUUUGAUUGUUUUGUGCCUUUUUAUUAUGCGACAAGUACUGCCUGAAAUGAAACCUACAUCAUUUGCCAAAAACGCACUCCGACUGGUGUGCAUCCAGUUAUUCCUUAGAACUAGGUUCUUGUGUCAAAGUACAUUUUAAUGACAUCCAUGGAAUCUCCUGGUGACGUCAACUGUUUUUAUUUUUCUAUUUCAACUAACUACUGAAGCCAAAACGGAAUUGUUACAUGGAAAACACCAAUGUGGAAUCUAAUACCUGCGAGCAUGGGACUGUGAAAAAUUUAAGAAGAAACCCAGUAAAAAGGGUAA